UUUAUAUACUGUACUCUCUAUAGUCUAUAGUGUGUAUAGUCUACUAAGUAUAGUAACAAUGGUGAUCUCUUUGGUCUAGAUCUAGAUUCUAGUUUAAUCUGCUGUCUGAUGCAAUAUUAAGCAAAAAUUUUAUUAAAGACUUUUUAUCAAUAAAUAAAGGAUGGCUCAAGGAGCUACUGAUGCAAUUAAUUUUGUGAAUGAAGAGGAAAAAGUACUGAAGUUCUGGCAGGAGAUUGAUGCAUUUCAGACUUCUUUGAAACUGUCCAAAUCAAGACCAAGAUAUGCAUUUUAUGAUGGACCACCAUUUGCUACCGGUUUGCCUCACUAUGGUCACAUUUUAGCAGGAACUAUCAAAGAUGUGGUCACCAGAUGGGCUCACCAAAGUGGUUUCCAUGUAGAAAGGCGGUUUGGAUGGGAUUGUCAUGGAUUACCUGUAGAGUAUGAGAUUGACAAAACAUUGGGAAUAACUGGCCCAGAAGAUGUGGAGAAAAUGGGCAUCAAGGCUUACAAUGAUGAAUGUCGUAAAAUUGUACAAAGAUACAGUGAUGAGUGGAAAUUCAUAAUGGGGAGGCUGGCUCGUUGGAUUGAUUUUGAAAAUGAUUAUCGCACCAUGUAUCCAUCAUUUAUGGAGACCAUCUGGUGGGUGUUCAAGCAACUCUACAACAAAGGGCUGGUCUAUCAAGGUUACAAAGUGAUGCCAUAUUCCACUGCUUGUAACACACCGUUGUCAAACUUUGAAUCUGGACAAAAUUAUAAAGAUGUGGUGGAUCCAGCUGUGAUUGUAUCCUUCCCUCUUGAAGAUGAGCCUGAUGUGUCUAUACUUGCUUGGACCACAACACCUUGGACACUGCCCAGUAACAUGGCCUGCUGUGUCCACCCUGAGCUCAUUUAUGUCAAACUUAAAGAUAAAUCCACAAAUAAGGUUUACAUAAUGAUGGAGGAGAGGCUGUCUGCUCUGUUCAAGUCUGAGGAUGAAUACACUGUCCUAGAAAAGUUUCCAGGCAAGAAAUUGGAAGGGAAAAAAUAUGUUCCUUUGUUUGAUUACUUUAAAGAGUAUAAGCAACAAACUGGUGCCUUUCGUGUGCUUGUCGACACCUACGUCACCACAGACACAGGAACUGGAGUUGUCCAUCAAGCUCCAUAUUUUGGGGAGGAUGAUCAACGGGUAUGCCUGGCAAACGGUAUUAUUACAAGGGACAUGAAGAUGGUAUGUCCUGUAUCACCCAGUGGUAAAUUUACAGAUGAGGUCACUGAUUUUAAAGGCUUGCAUGUCAAGGAUGCAGACAAAGAAAUUAUCAAGUAUUUGAAAGCCAAAGGAAGACUUGUUAACCAAAGCACAAUCAAACACAGCUAUCCAUUUUGUUGGAGAUCUGAAACUCCUCUUAUCUAUAAAGCUGUGCCAAGCUGGUUUGUUAGGGUGGAACACGCUGUGGAAAAUUUGCUGGCUUCAACUAAGGACACAUACUGGGUUCCUGACUUUGUGAAAGAAAAAAGAUUUGGAAACUGGCUGAAAGAGGCUAGAGAUUGGGCCAUCUCUAGAAAUCGUUACUGGGGAACCCCCAUUCCAUUGUGGAUCAGUGACGAUGGUGAGGAGGUUGUUUGUGUGGGAUCCAUAGCUGAGCUGGAAGAGCUAACCGGUGUGAAAGUCAGUGAUUUACACAGAGAAUUUGUUGAUCCACUGACUAUUCCAUCCAAAACUGGCCGAGGUGUUUUGAGGAGAGUGACUGAAGUGUUUGACUGCUGGUUUGAAUCUGGCUCUAUGCCUUAUGGCAAGGCUCAUUACCCUUUUGAGAACUGCAAAGAGUUUGAGGAUACCUUUCCUGCAGACUUCAUUGCUGAAGGCAUUGAUCAGACAAGAGGAUGGUUUUACACCUUGAUAGUCGUGUCUACACUAAUGUUUGGUAAAGCUCCAUUUAAGAACUUGGUCUGCAACGGUCUGGUCCUAGCUGCAGAUGGGCAAAAAAUGAGUAAAAGAAAGAAAAAUUAUCCAGACCCACUGUCAGUAGUCAACAAAUAUGGAGCUGAUGCCAUCAGGUUGUACCUGAUCAAUUCACCGGCUGUGAGGGCCGAAAAUCUGCGCUUCAAAGAGGAAGGUGUUAGGGACAUCUUGAAAGAUGUAUUCCUUCCAUGGUACAAUGCUUAUAGAUUCUUGACCCAGUAUGUGACUAUUUGGAAACAGGAAACUGGUGAAAAUUUCCUGGUGAAUGAAAAGAGUCGAGAGAUAUCUGACAACUACAUGGACAGAUGGAUUCUUUCUUUUACUCAGUCUCUUGUCAAGUUUGUGAAGGCAGAAAUGGCUGCCUACCGCAUGUACACAGUGACUCCAAAGCUGGUGAAGUUUAUUGACCAGCUGACAAACUGGUAUGUCAGAAUGAACAGGAAAAGGCUGAAGGGUGACUUUGGAAAAUCUGAUAGCAAGAAAGCUCUAGAGACACUCUGUAAUGUUAUAUUUGUUAUAACAAGAAUAAUGGCACCAUUCACACCUUUCUUGACCGAAACCAUCUACCAAGGUUUGAAAGAAAUGCUUGACCUUUCUGAUGAACAAGAUUCUCGUAGUGUUCACUUCCUGUUGUUACCACAACCUCGAGAGUUUAUGAUCCACAAGAAGAUUGAGAAUGCUGUGUCCCGCAUGCAGUCAGUUGUUGAGUUAGGAAGAAUAAUUCGAGACAGGAAAACCCUACCAGUAAAGUACCCAUUGAAAGAAGUUGUGGCUAUAGUUAAAGAUAAAGAAACUUUGGAAGACCUAGCAUCGUUGGAGAGAUAUAUCUUAGAGGAACUAAAUGUUCGCAAGUUGACUAUCACAAUGGAUAAAAAUGCCUAUGGUGUAAGAUUAAAAGCAGAACCCGACCACAGCAAACUAGGCAGGAAGCUGACCAGUGCCAUCAACAAAGUGGCCACUGCUAUCAAAGCUCUGAAGGAUGAAGAUAUUGAAAAAUAUCAGUCGGAAGGAAGUCUAGAAGUAGAAGGCUAUGUUAUGGAAGAAGGAGAUCUCAAGGUGCAAUAUAUCUUCGAGAAAUCUGGAGACACUCCUCAACAUUAUGAGGCCCAUUCUGAUGGCAAGGUUUUGGUUCUUCUAGAUAUUGAACCUGAUGCCAAAAUGUUGGAUGAGGGUAUUGCAAGGGAAGUAAUCAACAGAGUUCAGAAGUUAAGGAAGCAAGGUAAGCUGGUACCUACUGACAACAUUGAAGUCUAUUACAAGGCCACACUGAAGUUGACAGAGAUCAUUCAGGAUUUUUCAGACUUCAUUAACUCCACAGUGAAGCAGCCACUAAAGCCAUAUCCAGUCCCUAGUGGAGCUGAUGUCAUCAUCACACAAAAUUCUCCUAUAAAAAGUGAUGAUCUUGAAAUUACAUUAACCUGGGCGGAGGGCAGCAAACCGUUAGCCAGGGAUGUGGAGACCAAAUCUUCAUCUUCCCUUUCCAGUAGUUGUAGCAAAACACAGUCACUGUUACCUGCUCCAGAACCCAAAGGAGUCACCCCGCACUCCCAAUACCUAAAUCUUUCCCUGUGGAACCUUAAAUCUGGUCAGGGAAGAUGUGGAGACACUGGCACCAUUCUGCUCAACAACCCCACUGGAAGUAAUGGCCUGACCUUCACCAGUCUACUAGCAAAUAUCCAAUCUGUGUUUGGUCUGCGGGGAGCUAAGAUCAGGCUGUUUCUAGACUCAUCCCUCAAGCAAGAGCUGACUAAUGAGGUUGAGAUCAAGUCCCUCUCCAAGAAAACUAUUUAUGUUGUGCCCCAGUCUGAAUCAGAGCUCCCUCCUGCCAAAGCUGUCUAUGUGGACUGGCCAGUCUGUCACUUUGCUAAUGUGGAAGGUCAAGGACAGAAAGGAACGUUGCUGUUAGAAAACCCUCGUGGAGAUUUCUUAAGUUUUGAAGAGCUUAGAGCUGAGGCGGCUGCAGUGCUGGGUGGGACAUUAGAGAAAGUCCAGUUGAGUAAGACCAAAGAUAAGUCUGGUUUGCUGACGCAUUCGGACACUCAGGACGUCACUCUGCUUCAUGGCAAAACUCUAUUUUUGCUUUAAUGUUAUUUGUAGUUUUAGUUUUCAAGCAAAAUAUCAUUUAGAUUUCCUAUCUUUGAGUAUUUGUUGUCCCUGAGAUUAUUAACACACAAGACCACAUAGGGAGUAUGUAUGAACUAUUUAAUAGUACUACACAAAUAAGUUUAUAUUGGUAUGUGCAAGUUGUUGUUUGAUGAAAUAAUAAUGUGUAAACAUUUUGAAUAUCUUGCUAUUUUAAUUUUUUUUUUCUGCUUUAAAUUUUCAAUUUAUUGUUAGCACCUUCGUAUGGGUACGUAGUCCAAGAUCUUACAAGUACAAGCAUCUAAUUUUUGUUGUUUAGUUUUUUUUUUUUUUACUUUUACUGAAAAUGUAUACAUACAUAUUAUUUGAUUAGUAAGUUUUGUUUUAUUUAUGUGUAAGUUAACAAUAAACAUACAAAGGUAUAAAACAAAAAUUACUUAAAAGCACCAGUAACUAAAGAGACAAUUAUGUUUUGAGCUCAAAGUUAUAGCAGUUUGUAACAUUACUACAUGAUGUAUUAAAAAAUGAUUACUGUAAUGGUGACACAGUAUUUGCAGCUACUGGUAUUUCAUUAGUUUUGGUGCUCGGGACACUUACCGUUCUCUGAGAAUCUUUUAAUCUCUUCACUUUUGUUUGGCAAUGACGAUCAUGUUUUACAGACCUACAGGUUUUUUGACUCAAGACUUACGUUUGCAAGACAUUGUCUUUGAAUUCAAAGAUUGAGAAAGACUAGUAUGAAAGUGAAUGCUUUUGUGAUUAAAGCUUUAGAAACAUUUAUCAAUCUAGAUCUAGUACAAAGAAUACAUUUUGGCUAGAGACCUGGACAUGUGUGGGGGGGGAUUCCUUAUUCAUCAUUUUAGUCACUCCAGACCUUCGGUAGGUGGUGUAAGAGCAGCUAAGUCUCAAUAUUUUCAAAUUCCAAUGUUACUAAUGCGUUUUUAUGUAUGUUUAAGAAAACUAUUAUUAAACCCAAUAAAAUUUGCUUUUAAUUCUAUUAAAUAGGUGCCAAGUUAUUCUCAUAGUAUUGAUUGCAAUCUCUUCAGCAAACUGACUUUUUGUACUGACUUAUAUUUUAUCACAUAAAUAUUCAUUUAGACUCCUAUAUUGAUGUGAAUUGAAACUGAGACACAAGAUUUCAUUUCUUAAGAGUGCAGCAUUAGUUUGUGUAGUGGACAGAGUCGUACUAGAAAUGUAGUGGUGGAAUACAUACAGAUAUAUAUGCAGACAAAGAAUAUUGGACUCACUGACACAACCAUUGUUAAAUAUGUUAUGCUUUUUAAAAACAUUUUUCUGUUGUUGAGCGUUGGAUUCCCAUUGAUUGAAGUGUUAUUGUGUUAAUUUAUUACAUUUGACGAGCUCCUUCAAUAAACGAUUUCAUCUC